AUGGCCACCACCCAGGACUCAGGACGGUCUUACCACCUCCAGUGCACAGGCCCCGCGCUCGAAACCGCAGAGGCUCACAGCGCCCAAGAGCACAUCACGCUGUUUGGCAGCUGUUUCUGCCCGUUUGUGCAGAGGGUAUGGAUCACGCUGGAAUACCUCGGGAUUGACUACGCGUAUUAUGAAGUGGAUCCGUACAAGAAGCCUGCGGAGCUUCUUGAGCUCUCGCCCAAGGGCCUCGUUCCAGCGCUGAGGCUCAACAAUCACCACCCUCCCAAUGCCCUGAACGAGAGCACCAUCAUCAUGGACUACCUGGAAGAGCUCGCGAACGGGGACACCAGGCGCUCCUCGCAUACCGUGGAGAGCCUCUUCCCUCCGCCUUCUGACCCAUACGCACGCGCUCUCAUCCGCUUACAGGCGGAUUGUGCGAGCCGCUCUCUAGUCCCCGCUUUCUAUCGAUACUUGCAAGCGCAAGACGAAGCGAAACAGGUUGAAGGCGCAACGGCGUUUGUGGAAGCAAUUAAAGCCCUUGUAGCCCUCUUCGAACGGGCAGAGCGCGAAGGAUACACGUCAUACGGACUUUGGAAUGAGGGCGGCUCGCUCAGCUACGCCGACGUGAUGGCAAUGCCAUGGCUCUUCCGCGCGACAAAUGUACUCAAGCAUUAUCGGGGCUUUGUGAUGCCAGAAGGCGAGCGUUUCCAAGCCUACAUGCAGAGGCUGGUAGCGCACCCUGCGGUCAGACGUACAUGCAGCACGGAGCAGCUAUACCUUGAUAGCUACGAACGAUACGCCUUCAAUCGUCCGAACACCAGUCAAGUGGCGAAUGCCAUCAACUCGGGAGCGCCUCUCCCUUGA